CAAUGGCACACAUGAUCCCAGACUUAACCCAUUAUGCUCAAGGUCUUGAUGCAGCUACAUUUCCUCUUAGGAUCAAGGACACUCUUGAUGAUGACUCCAAUACACUCUCAGUUGAAUUCACCAUCAUGACUCUAGAGCAAUGGACCGCUCAAGUGCUCAUGGACAGUCAAGGCUUUCAACUUUUAUCUCUCUCCACUGAUACCACGGAUAGUGCUAUUCAUUCUGCUCUAACCUCCACCCCAACUUCAACUUCAACCUCAGCCUCAGCCUCAUCUUCAAUAACAUCCUUCUCUGAACGACAACAAGAAGCAUUAUCUGGGAAAAUAUAUGAAACUAUUGAGGCCUUACUCAUGGCUCUCAGUCCUGGAUUCGAACAAUUUUUUGGUCAAGAACUCAUCCGCAGGUUGGAAACUGUAUCCUGGGAUCGGUUUCAACAACAGCAUGACCAUUCUGAAUCUGAGAAUGAUUCAUGAUAGUGAAUCCCUAAAACCCUUGAAAGCCUCUUAAUAACAUAAAC